ACUUAGUUACAUUCCACCACUGCCUGUAUUGCUCCUGACUGCACCCAACACAUGAAGAAAAGGAAUCCAGCAAGCUAUAUAUAAAAAAGAAGGGGAAAAAAAGCUUAACUGCCCUCUCUACCUUCUCACAGUUUACCCUAAAAGUUUUCUUUAUGCGUCAAUGUGUUGUAAGAACUUAUUAUAAUACAUUUUCCUUCAGCUGCAGUUCCGACACAGUUGAGGUGCUAAAUGUUGUUUGACUUCUCAGCUUCAUAUGGGCAAGUAAUACAGGAAGAACGGGUCUCACCUCAUUGCUCACGCACUUUGUAGUCAGUAGUCAGCGCGCGUCUUUCAAGGUUUUCCAUUCCCUUGCUGGGGGUUCAGUCUGUGCGCUAUCACUAUGAGAGCAGUGUGGUUCAAGCGGUCAAUCAUCAUACUGGGGGGGAUCGGGCUCCUCGUCUAUGUGGGCAUGUUUCUAAAGGGUGGACAAGAGCCUGACAAACAUCUGGAGACAAGCAUCAACAAUCUUUACAAUGUAGUCAGAGCUUUUGAGAAAAAGCAGGACACCAUGCAGAAAAUGCUGGAAGAGGACAGACUCAGAUGGAGAAAAGCUGCAGAGGUCGAACAGCCAACUGUCAAAACACAGCCAGAGCAGAAAGAGAAACCUGAAGCAAAAAUCCCGGACCAAAAGGAGACUCCUCAAGAGAAAAAGUCUAAGAAACUGUUUCCUAAAUCUUCCCUGUUUGUGAAUUGGGGGGAAAAUCUCUCGGAGGAUGACCAAAGAGAGGCACAGGAUUUGUUUGUCAAGUAUGGAUACAACGUUUUUCUCAGCGAUCGCCUUCCUCUAGAUCGAGCUCUUCCAGAUACCAGGGAUCCAAGGUGUCUGAAAAAGAGUUACCCAGAAGACUUACCAAGUAUUGGAGUAGUGUUGAUCUACCUGAAUGAGGCCCUGUCUAUUAUUAAAAGAGCUAUGCGCAGUAUCAUUGACCGCACCCCUAAACACCUGCUGAAGGAGAUCAUAUUGGUGGAUGACAAUAGCUCUGAAGAAAACCUGAAGGGUGACCUUGACUUGUACGUGAAGUCGAUCGAGCAGGAGAACCCAAGUCUCGCUAUCAUAAGGGUGAGGAACAAUGUGUCAUAUGGCCUGUCUCACGCCAGGGCGUCUGGCUGGAGGGCUGCUACUGCUGACGUGGUGGCCAUCCUGGAUGCACACAUCGAAGUCCAUGAGCUGUGGGCAGAACCCCUGCUGACCCAGAUCAAGGCUGACCGAACGGUGGUGACGUCCCCUGUGUUUGACAAUGUAAAGUUUGAUGACUUCAAUGUUAUUCCAUACGAUCCAUUUGCACAAGGCUUCGACUGGGCUUUAUGGUGCAUGUAUGAGGGCUUUUCGGACGAGUAUUACAAACUCAAUGACGGCUCGUUGCCUGGAAAAAGUCCAUCUGUCAUGGGGAUCAUAGUUGCUGAAAGAAAGUAUCUGGGUGAAAUCGGACUCCUCGAUGAAGGAAUGAAAGUGUACGGUGGAGAAAAUGUUGAGCUGGGAAUUCGAGUGUGGACAUGUGGAGGCAGUAUUGAAGUAGUUCCAUGCUCCAAGAUUGGCCACAUUGCAAGGGCCCACAAGCCCUACACGCCUGACCUGGACAAAGUCAUGAGGAGAAACGCCCUGAGGGUAGCAGAAGUCUGGAUGGAUGAAUACAAACACAACGUCAACUUGGCUUGGAACUUGCCGUUUGAGAAUCACGGAAUUGACAUUGGGGAUAUCUCUGAAAGGAAAAAACUCAGGGAAAGGUUGAACUGUAAACCUUUCAAAUGGUACCUGGAAAAUGUGUAUCCCAAGUUGGAUCCCUUGACUAACCUAGUUGCCUAUGGAGGAAUAAGGAAUAUUGAUGCUGACAGGUGCUUAGACCAAGGACCAGUGCCAGGUCACAUACCCAUUGCCUACAGUUGCUACUACUAUCAACCUCAAAUCUGUUAUUAUCGGUCAAACGGUGAGCUCUAUAUCGGUGCCAUCAAGUCCCACAAGUACAAUGACAACCGGUGUUUAACUGACCCGGGGAAAAACGAAACGGAGCCUGGCCUUCAUAACUGCAAAGAGGCUAAGCAGAAAGGAAUGGGGAUUCACUGGGACUUCACUCAGGGCAAAGAACUGAAGAACAAAGAUACAAAAAGGUGUCUGGAGAUUAAGAAUGGCGUGCUUCUGAUACAGGAAUGCUCUGGCCAAAGAUGGGAAAUCCAAAACAUAAUCAAAGCCUUUUAAAGUGUGCGGCCAACAAGAAAUGCACUUCUCUGCUCAUUGGUCAGUGAAUAAUAUCACCUGAAUGUGUACAAUGGACACUUGCUCAACAGUUUAUGAAUGGACAAAGUAAUUAUUUGUACAAUUUAUUAUUAUUAUUGGGUUUUCAUCAGAUUCAAACCUGGGGCAUAGCAUAAUAUGGGAGGUUAAGCUUUGCUUUGUUUUGUAUUUAAAUAAAGGUUUGGCUUAGGUACAUUUCUUUGAUGGCAGCAGUGGUCAUAAAAGCAUUAAUGCUAUUAGUUAGAUGUAGCUUUUAGGUUUUAGUUCUAUAACAAUUGACCAACUAUUACAAAUACUACAUCUGGAGGCAUUUUUAUGCAAUAGCUUUGGUGCUGUUAGGUAAAUUUCCGGUUUGGAAAAUAUAAAAGUUCUUCUUAGUAAUCUAUUUCUACUUUUCUUUGCAUUAUCAUCUGUGACAGAAAUAGCCUCCAUGUAGAGAAAGGCAAACAAAUCAUAAGGGGAUAGAAAAGUAAAGAAGUAAAGGUGGUAUAAAUAACAUGAUUCAGAAAACAAAGUGGUUCAUGGAUGAGUGAUGUUGACGGUGUUCCAGGACAACAGAGUUCUGUUUUCUUGUGCUUCGACAAAGGCCUAUGUUUGAAAUAAUGUCAAAUAUUGAUCUUUUUUUUUUUUCCUCAUUUAGAAAAUAAAGCGUUUACUGGUUGAUGUUUGAAUUUUGUUUUUUGUUUUUUUUAAGUGAAGUUAUAGCUGGUGUUGUUUUUGAUGGUGUUGUGGUUAUGGAUAUUUCUGUUGUGGUUGUUUAUAUUUCUGUUGCCUGUUUGAAUAUUUCUGUAUGUUUCCUGUUUUGUAUAUUGAUUCUGUGGAUUGUGUGUUCUGUUCCCU